AUGUCGGAGCCGUCCACCCCCACGACGCCCGCGAGCGUGCACUGGGGCGAGACCAUGAUGAACCAGGGACCGGAGACGCUGCACAACUUCAUGGCCGAGACGUUCAAGGCGGCUACGGGUGGCGUGCUGCCGCAGAUGGAGGUGCGCUUCGACAACGUGUCCAUCUCGGCCGACGUGACGGUGACGCGCGAGGUCACGGCCGAGUCUGAGCUGCCCACGCUCUACAACGUCGUGGCCCGGGCGCUGGCUAGUCUCAACCCGAUCAAGAAGAAGGUGGUGCGCAAGGAGGUGAUCAAGAACGUCAGCGGCGUGCUCAAGCCGGGCACCAUCACGCUGUUGCUGGGCCAACCGGGCUCCGGCAAGACGUCGCUCAUGCGCAUCUUGAGCGGCCAGUUCCCGGUCAAGUCGAACAUCACGGUGGAGGGCGAAAUGACGUACAACGGACUCCUUCAGAAGGAGAUUGCCAAGCGCCUGCCGCAGUUCGUGGCCUACGUGACGCAGUACGACCGGCACUUCCACACGCUCACGGUGCGCGAGACGCUGGAGUUCGCCUACGCCUUCUGCGGAGGAGGUUUGUCCAAGCACGGCGAGGAGAUGCUGUCCCGCGGUACACCUGAGGCGAAUGCUAAAGCUCUAGCUGCGGCCAAGGCGGUGUUCUCGAGGUUCCCGGACGUGAUCAUCGAGCAGCUGGGGCUGCAGAUCUGCCAGGACACAGUGAUUGGCAACGCGAUGCACCGCGGAGUAUCCGGUGGUGAACGCAAGCGCGUCACGACUGGCGAGAUGCAGUUCGGCCAGAAGUACAUGACCCUCAUGGACGAGAUCAGCACGGGGCUGGACAGCGCGGCCACGUACGACAUCAUCAAGACGCAGCGCAGUAUCGCCAAGAACCUGCAUCGGACCAUCGUGAUCGCCUUGCUGCAGCCUGCGCCCGAGGUGUUCGAGCUGUUCGACAACGUGCUCAUCAUGAACGAGGGCGAGAUGAUGUACAACGGGCCUCGACACAAGGUCGUCCCUUACUUCGAGUCGCUGGGCUUCAAGUGUCCUCCCGGGCGUGACGUGGCCGACUAUCUGCUGGAUCUGGGCACCAAUCAGCAGUACAAGUACCAGGCCGCUCUUCCUCCAGGAAUGGCCAAGCACCCUCGUCUCGCUAGCGAGUUCGCCAAGCACUUCCGCGAGUCGUCACUGUACGCGGACAUUGUGGACGAGUUGGCUUCACCCAUCGACAAGGAGAUCGUGGAGCGCGUGGGCGACAACAUGGACCCGAUGCCCGAGUUCCGGCAGACGCUGUGGGAGAACAUCCGCACGCUCACGUGGCGCCAGCUGAUCAUCAUCUUGCGGAACGCGGCGUUCAUCCGCGUGAGAACGUUCAUGGUUGUGGUCAUGGGGCUCAUUUACGGUAGCACGUUCUACAACGUGGACCCUACCAACGUCCAGGUGAUGCUGGGCGUGAUCUUCCAAGCCACCUUGUUCCUGUCGCUAGGCCAGGCCUCGCAGAUCCCAACCUUCAUGGAGGCCCGCUCCAUCUUCUACAAGCAGCGAGGCGCCAACUUCUACCGCACGUCUGCGUGGGUGAUCGCCAAUUCGGUUGCUCUGGUGCCCCAGGCGCUGGGAGAGAUUUUGGUCUUCGCCACGUUGGUGUACUGGAUGUGCGGCUUUGCUGCGACUGCGUCGGCGUACAUCAUCUACCUCAUCUUGCUGCUGCUCACCAACCUGGUGUUCGCCUCGUGGUUCUUCUGCCUGUCGGCCAUGUCACCGAACCUGGAUAUCGCCAAGCCCAUGUCGACGUUCUCGAUCGUCUUCUUCAUCCUGUUCGCUGGCUUCGUCAUCACCAAGGACCAAACUCCAGACUGGCUGGUUUGGAUCUAUUGGUUGAACCCGAUCGCUUGGUGCCUUCGUGGUUUGUCGGUGAACGAGUACCGCUCCAGCGCCUACGAUGUGUGCGAGUACGGUGGCAUCAACUACUGCACCGACUACGGCAUGAAUAUGGGCGAGUACUACCUGUCGCAGUACGGCGUUCCAUCCGACAAGUUUUGGAUCUGGACCGGCAUCCUGUUCAUGAUCGUGGCGUACAUCUUCUUCAUGGUGCUGGGCUGCUACGUGCUCGAGUACCACCGAUACGAAGCACCCGAGAACAUUCAACUGCUCCCGAAGGCUGUGGCGGAUGAGAAGGAUAUGGAGAAGCGAGGUGGUGACUACGCUCUGAUGGCGACCCCCAAGGGCAACUCGUCCGCGCACACUCGCUCUGAUGGUGGAGAUUCGGGCGAGGUGUUUGUCAACGUGCCGCAGCGUGAGAAGAAUUUCGUACCGUGUUCAAUCGCGUGGAAGGACUUGUGGUACUCGGUGCCUUCUCCUCACGACCGCAAGGAAACAUUGCAGUUGCUCAAGGGUAUUAGCGGGUAUGCUGAGCCUGGUUCAUUGACGGCGCUGAUGGGGUCUUCCGGUGCUGGCAAGACGACACUGAUGGAUGUGAUUGCUGGUCGUAAGACUGGCGGCAAGAUUGAAGGCAAGAUCUACCUCAACGGCUACGAGGCCAGCGACCUGGCGAUUCGAAGAGCUACGGGCUACUGCGAGCAGAUGGACAUCCACUCGGAAGGCUCGACGAUUCGUGAGUCACUGACGUUCAGUGCAUUCCUGCGUCAGGAUAGUUACGUCCCGAAUGAGAAGAAGUACGACUCUGUGAACGAAUGCCUCGACCUGCUGGACAUGCACGACAUCGCCGACCAAAUCGUGCGCGGGAGCUCACAGGAGCAGAUGAAGCGACUGACGAUCGGUGUCGAGUUGGUGGCUCAGCCGAGUAUUUUGUUCCUGGAUGAACCGACGAGUGGCUUGGACGCUCACUCCGCCAAGUUGAUCAUGGAUGGUGUACGUAAGGUGGCAGACAGCGGGCGUACUAUUGUAUGCACUAUCCACCAGCCCUCGUCGGAUGUGUUCUUCCUGUUCGACCACUUGCUGCUGUUGAAGCGUGGUGGUGAGUCGGUGUUUGUCGGUGAACUUGGCGAGGAGUGCCAGAACCUUGUGAACUACCUGGAGGCCAUCGAGGGUGUGACUCCGUUGCCCGAUAAGCAGAACCCUGCAACUUGGAUGCUGGAGGUCAUCGGCGCUGGCGUGGGUCACCAACCGACCGACGUGACGGACUUCGUGCAGCACUUCAAGCAGAGCAAGGAGGCGCAGCAUCUGAUGGAGUACCUGGAGAAACCAGGUUUGACUCGCCCUACGCCGGAGUUGCCAGAGCUCGUGUUCAAGAAGAAGCGCGCGGCUGGUCCGAUCACACAGAUGCGGUUCUUGAUCCAACGCUUCAUCGUCAUGUACUGGCGCACGCCAACGUACAACCUGACGCGUUUCGUGAUCGCCCUGGGGCUUGCUAUCAUCUCGGGUCUCACGUACGUCAACUCCGAGUUCGUGUCGUACCAGGGAAUCAACGGCGGCGUGGGUAUGGUGUUCAUGACGACGCUGUUCAUGGGUAUUGCCACCUUCACUGGAGCUCUGCCCAUUACAGCUCUGGACCGCGCGGCAUUCUAUCGGGAGCGCGCAUCAGAGACCUUCAAUUCGCUGUGGUACUUCGUGGCGUCGACGGUGGUGGAGAUCCCGUACGUGUUCUUCGCGUGCCUGUUGUUCACGGUGAUUUUCUACCCGAUGGUGGGCUUCCAGUCCUUCGCGUCGGCGGUUUUGUACUGGAUCAACUUGUCCCUGUUCGUGCUGACCCAGGCGUACCUGGCGCAAGUGCUAAUCUACGCGUUCCCCAGCAUCGAAGUGUCUGCGAUCGUCGGUGUGCUCAUCAACUCGAUCUUCCUGCUGUUCGCAGGCUUCAAUCCCCCGUCCGCGUCCAUUCCCAGCGGCUAUAAGUGGCUGUACACGAUCACGCCGCAGCGGUUCCCGCUCGCAAUUCUGUCGGCGCUGGUGUUUUGCGACUGCCCCGACGAGCCGACGUGGAACGAGAGCCUGAAAGUCUAUGAAAACGUUGGCUCGAACAUCGGCUGCCAGCCCGUGACGGACCUCCCCGUGACCAUCGACCACAUCACCGUCAAGGGAUACGUCGAGUCCGUGUUCAAGUACAAGUACGACGACAUCUGGGCCAACUUCGGCUACGUCUUCGUCGUGCUCGCCAUUUUCCGUCUGCUUGCUGUGCUCUCGCUGCGCUACAUUAACCACACGCGACGGUAA